UACAUCCCAGCACUGCGGUCCCGAUCUCUGCGCGCAGCGGCACGAAUGAGGGGCCGCAGAUUUCCACGCAACUACUUCUGAUGACGGAAUCUGACGUUUUCUACCCCUACUUGUGCACGCAGAGAGGGAAAAAGCGGGUGUACACACUAGUUGUGCCGUGUGGCUCUACGGCGCUCCAGCUCAGAUGAGCUCACUCGGCCGACGCGCACAUCGCCGGAUUCCACCAAUCUGAGGAGGCGCGAGGACGGCGAGCGGCAGCCUGGUGCGCAGCGAUGAGUGGAGGCUUUUGUGCAAAGGCUGCGGACUUUCUGCUGCACAAAGUCAGAGGAUGUAGAAAUGAUCAUCCCCUCGUUCGAGAGACGCAGUGGAUUUAAGCUCGCCUGGAUGGAUGUGAAUGUACUCUUGGAUCGCAGACUGGGCUGGACUUCGGGCUGAGGAGAAAAAAGGGACGACUUUAAAAACACUCUGCUGUUAUUUCUCUUCGUUUUCUUCCCUCCCUUUGUUUGGGAAAUGCCAGGGUUCGGUCCAUCAUUUUCUGUCCAGAUGAAGGCAGGGUGCUCUUUUGGAAGGGCGCCAGAUCUCCAGCCUCUCAAAUCUGCAAGUUCAGUCCAAUAAACUGUGACAUUGUCUGUCAGCCUUGGAAUAAGAAAUCGAUCCUCAAAGAAAAAAGGACGCGUUAUUCUUCCGGAAUCUCAACGCUCGGUUCCCCCGCAAUCCUUAAACAAAUAUGCGGUUUGGUUGGAUUGGGUUGGUUUGUUCCAGCUUCUGGCUUUUCGUAGCUGGAGCAGCGCUGAUAGUGACUGAUUAUUGCUGUUGAUUUUGCUCCAUGCAAGACUCGGGGUGGAAACAUGUCUGGCCACUUUGAGAGGAUCACUGCUAUCAGAGAUGGCAUUUUGGUCCAGCACUUCGGUUUUCACCUCUAAAGUGCCCCGGAAAAUCUUAUUCAUGUUCACCCUCUCCCUCUCUGUCACCUACUUGUUCUACAGCUUGAUGAGCUGCUACAACUCGCUGCAGUUCCCUCUGCAAGAGAACUACGCGUAUCAGGGGAGGCUGGUGACGGAGGAGACAACUUUGGUGACACUGAGGGAGAAACUUUACUCCUCUUCCCAGGGAUUCACGGAAAUCACCGGGGCGGGAGGACCCGCCGGGGAGGACCAUGCCGAGGCCGAGGAGAGGACCGUGGAGUGGAUUAGGACCCAGGCGUCUCCGACCAAAUCGGCCGCCACGGCGGCGGCGGCGUAUCGCACCGGCGCGCCGGGGAAGGAGCGCCGGGAUUUCAGCACCACGGACAGCGACCUGCGGGUGAACUGCACCACGGAUUACGGAGAGAAGAAACUUCCCCAAGCCAUCAUCAUCGGGGUGAAGAAGGGGGGCACCCGAGCCCUGCUGGAGGCUCUCAGGGUGCACCCGGACGUCAGAGCCGUUGGAAACGAGCCACAUUUCUUUGACAGGAACUACGAGAAGGGUCUGGACUGGUACCGGGACCUGAUGCCUUCAACGCUGGAAGGCCAGAUCACCAUGGAGAAGACGCCCAGCUACUUUGUGACCAACCACGCCCCCAAGCGCAUCCACUCCAUGGCCCGGGACAUCAAGCUCAUCAUAGUGGUGCGUAACCCGGUCACCAGGGCCAUUUCCGAUUACACGCAGACUUUGUCCAAGAAACCGGAGAUCUCCACCUUCGAGGUCCUGGCCUUCAAGAACCGCACGCUGGGCCUCAUAGACGCCUCGUGGAGCGCGUUGCGGAUAGGGAUAUAUGCGCUGCACCUGGAGAGCUGGAUGCAGUAUUUCCCGCUCUCCCAAAUGCACUUUGUGAGCGGCGAGAGGCUCAUAGUGGAUCCCGCCGGCGAAAUGGCCAAAGUGCAGGACUUCCUGGGGCUCAAGCGGAUCGUCACGGACAAACACUUUUACUUCAACAAAACGAAAGGAUUCCCGUGUCUGAAGAAGCCCGAGGACAGCAGCACGCCGCGCUGCCUCGGCAAGUCCAAGGGGAGGACUCACCCCAAAAUCGACCCGGACGUGAUUCGCCGGCUGCACAAGUUCUACAAACCCUUUAACAUGAUGUUCUACCAAAUGACGGGCCAGAACUUUGAGUGGGAGCUGCAGGAGGACAGUGGAUCUCGCGGCCCUCAGGACUAGCGGACUUCCACCAGCCUUGGCAGAUUAAAAGCUACAUCGCCCGGCUUCACGAGUGCUCGAGCACGCCAAUCAAUCAUGGCCGUCUUUGCAGUGUCUGUAUCCAUUAGCAAGUUUACCGACAUGCUUUUUCUCUCCCUUCAAUACUAAUGUUGUUGAUGAUGAUGGCAAAUCAUUGUUGUAAAUACUGAAACAUAAAAUAUAUUUAUAUUUGUGAAAAGGAGACGAUUUAUUCAUUUUUGUUGUCAAAGCAUAGAGCUGAUGUGAAAGAGAUGAUGUUUGACGAAGGCAAUGCAUGCGAUAAGUGUCCUUUCCUCAUGAGCCCGAAGGCUGAACUCCGUCCGUUGCCUCCUCGCGUCCUCUCGCCGGCAUUACAAACGGAUGUUCUGUGUCGACGAACUUUCUGUUUCACGUCUUCUCAGACCUGCUGCUUUUAGAAGAGACACAAAAUGAGGCGAUACGCGAAUACUCUUCCCACGUGCUCGUCUUCUCGGUUUGAUAUUCUGAGUGGAGACAAUCCUGUUCCAGUCUAAGUUUACCAAAGUGUUAAUUUACUCAGCGUCAGUGUUCUUCAUGCCCUGCACUCAUUAACUGCGCACACAUUCAAUGAGGGGAGCUGCUGCACAGCGGCCGUCAUUCAAUAAUUGGAUUGUUCCACUGCAUCGCUGGAUAUUAGCAUACCGAUGGCCGCGCACUCCGACGCGACGCAGGGGAGAUUACAUCCACGUACCGCGCGUAAAGAGCUCGCUGCGGAUCAAACUGUUCCGCGUCUGGACAAAAACAAAAUUUUCCAGUCGUACGAAAUGCACCCGAAUUCCCAACGAACCCCCCAGCGGCACUCAGCCCCGCGAGUCGCCUCCUUGUCGCAGUAACACGUGUCGAAAAGGGGGGGUGGGGGGGGGCGGUUUGUUAACACGCAUCUGCUGCGACGCCCCUCUUCUGUCGUCGGGAGAUCAAUGGCGUGUUAAAUAAACUGCUGCGGCUGGAACAAAUUCAAUGUCAGACAGAAUCUGCUUGUCAAGGAAAAACAACAUACAUGCCCGGGUGGCUCGCCAGGCCGCUUAACCGGAUGAGGUGAUGUGUGGCGGAAAUGUGCGCUCGUCAGAGGUUACCUUGCGAACAGCGGGACUAAUUGGGCAGAUUCUGGUGUCGCGAAACACGACAGGGUUUCCGCUGUGAAAUACUUUUUCCCCCUCAAGCAACAAAAUAACACUCACCCACCAUAUUUCAAUAUAUGUAAUAUUUAUAUUA